UUCUCUGCAAGUAGUCCGUAAUGCAAACACGAAACAAGAAAAACAGAGGCUUUGCAUGUGUCAGCAUUUCCUCUUAAGAAGUUUCGGAAUGAUGAUGAAUGGAGCCCAGAACAAUGGUUGGAAGUGAAGAAAAACCGGCUUCACCGUUUCAAUAUUUUUUCUAGAUCCUUUGUCAUCAUAAUCUUCUUGAGGCAAAAGCAUUUCCUCCAAAAAAUAAAAAAUAAAACACAUUGUGUCAUCCUUACACGGCAUCAUUGGGCUCGUGAUUCCACCAUGGCAACCAAGAUUAAAGGGAUCUGCAAAGGUUUCAAAUACAUUACCCAAAUUUUUGUUGUGAAGGAGCGGGAGAUGGAAAUUGGGUAUCCGACAGAUGUUAAGCAUGUGGCUCACAUUGGAUGGGAUGGUCCCUCCGGGACCGGACCCAGUUGGAUGAAUGAAUUUAAAACAGCACCUGAUUUUUCAACAUCUAUUGGUAACUUGAGUGAACGAAGAGACCCCAAUUCUGUGGCUAUCACCACAUCAAGGUCCACCAAAGAUUCUGAAGAGACCAGAGGAAGCCAAACAACACCAAACAAUUACCAAGGCAGUCCAUCUUCAGGUGCUGCUCAUGUUGCUAAGAAGCCCAAGCGGAAAAAGACCAAGUCAACUUCCUCUCCCAAAUCCUCAUCUGCCUCAUCAAGACAGUCGAAAGCAGCAAGUCAAAGGCUAUGUAUUGCGAGAGAGAACCCAACACCAGUUGCUCAAGUCUAGCAGUUUGAAGACA